UUCUUGUAACGUGUCGUAAACACAGGAAUUACUACGUCAAUAUUCAUGUCCGUAUGUUGUUGGAUAUGCACUUUUUAAUGAAUCUCGUUCAACAUGAAAUCAUAAACUAAAAGAAGCACUUUUUUUUCGUUUUUGAGUCACACGGUGAAGCGAUAAUGGAGAACAUUCAAAACCUUCCCAUUGACAUUCAGACCAGCAAGCUUCUGGACUGGCUGCUGGAUCGACGUCAUUGUAAUGUCAAGUGGCAAAAUGCAGUGAAAACAAUCCGAGAGAAGAUCAAUGCUGCCAUCCAGGACAUGCCAGAGAAUAAGGAGAUUACACAGCUUCUGUCUGGUUCCUACAUUCACUACUUUCACUGCUUGAGGAUAGUUGAGUUACUGAAGGGAACAGAGGCUUCCUCCAAGAACAUCUUUGGCAGAUAUUCAUCUCAAAGGAUGAAGGACUGGCAGGAGAUUGUGACCCUUUAUGAGGCAGAUAAUAUCUACUUGGCGGAGGUGGCCAGCUUGCUGAUUCGCAAUGUGAGCUAUGAAGGACCGGCUCUGAGGAAGCAGCUGGCCAGAGCCCAGCAGCUGCAGCAGGAGCUGAGCAGGCGGGAAGUCGAGUGCCAAAGCUCAGCUGCAGAUCUGAGGGAACGAUACUACGUUGCCUGCAAACAGUAUGGCAUCAAAGGAGAAAAUGUGGCCCGUGAGCUUCAGGCUCUGGUUAAAGACUUGCCUUCAGUUCUUGAGGAAGUCGGGAAGGACGCAGCAAAAUUAGAAGAGCAAAUCAAACUUUAUAUUGCUUUCACAAACUUUGUAUGUAACUGGUCUGAUCCAGUCUUGCCCGCUCUGACAUUUACACAGAAGAGAGGAAACGCAACAUUUUAUGAGUGGAGAACAGGGAGUGUGCCCACUGUGGUUGAGAGGCCAGUUGUGGAGGAUGCUUCUCCUGAGACACUCGAUGAGGAUACGAUUGACUGGGGCAACUUUGGCAAAGGAGCAGAUGCUGUGGAUUCUGCCAUCACUGUUGAGGAUGAUAUAGACUGGGGUAUCAGUCUGGAGCCAAACUCUGAGGACACUGGUGCAGGCACCAUCGAUUGGGGUGACAGUGAAGCAGCUCCCAUAGAAAUCGAAAUUGUAGAUGUGGGUACAGGCUGUCCUGAGGGUGUGGCAAGAGGAGAGGAUGCUUUAAGUUUGCUGGAAAACUCUCAGUCCCGCAGUCAGUUCAUUGAUGAGCUCAUGGAGCUGGAAGUGUUCCUAACCCAGCGCAUCAGUGAGAUGGGAGAAGAGGGAGACGUGGUGUCUAUUAGCCAGUUCCAGCUGGCUCCUUCUAUCAUCCAAGGCCAGACCCAUGAGCACAUCCAGAAGAUGCUGGCUGAAGUGCGGGACCUUCUGGGCAGGCUCACCUCUCUCCGCAUGCAGCAUCUGUUUAUGAUCCAGGCCUCGCCUCGGUAUGUUGAACGUGUGUCAGAGGUGCUGAGACAGAAGCUGAAGCAGGCAGACAUUUUGGUUCUGAAAGGUGCUACAAUGGCCGAGAAGAGGCAGGAAGCCCUAGAGGAGCAGUCGAGACUGGAGCCUCGUGUCGACCUGCUGGCAGGGUGCACCCGAGAACUCCAAAAAAUGAUUGAAGCAGACAUUUCAAAGCGAUACCACAACAGGCCUGUCAAUCUGAUGGGCGUUAAUAUAUAGUGAGCUUCUCAGACUCUCACAAGAAAUAUUUUGUCAUGAGCUACAAGGAGAAAUAAAAGUGGAAUUUAAUGUUGA